GGUGCAAUUUACCCACCACAGGAGCUUGUCUUUCUCUACCCACGACAUGCACCCGUGCCUCCGUCUGAUUUAACGUCACCCGAUGUGAUCGCCUAUACGGAAUCGCUGGAAGAGAAGCUGCAGAAUCUUCCGUUAUUGCAGAAGGUGCGAAAGGCGGACGAUGCGGACGAGUGGUACGAGACACGGCCGUAUACGAACUUUCCCGAGGACAGGCGCGUUAACCAUCUAACGUCGGGUGCGCUAAGGGGUCCGGGUAAGCUGGCACUUCCUCCAGUAGUCAGGGCAAAGAGGGACGAGAGUGAGGCGUGGAUAUUUGUCCACCUUGGCCGAAGCUUGUGUGGACACGAUGGGAUCAUUCAUGGUGGAUUGCUGGCUACGCUGCUAGACGAGAGUUUGGGCAGACUGGCUAUCGUCAACCUUCCCGAGAAAGUCGGUGUCACUGCAACGCUCUCACUUACAUACAAGGCACCUACGAUUGCUGAUCAGUUUGUUGUCAUCAAGACAUCUCUUCAAGAGCUCCAGGGCCGAAAGAUUACUGUCACUGGACGGAUAGAGGACUUGGAGGGUAAAGUUCUAGUCGAGGCGUCCGCACUCUUUGUCCAACCAAAGUACUCUGGCAUGCUGAACAAGAGACCACUCCACGAAGCACUGGGUAUGCCG